UUCCGAUCCCACAAUCAUCACAUUUCCAAUUUUACUCUCUCACUUGAUUUCAAUCAACUCGCCGCUGUUUCUCACUUCUCGCUCGCAAAUUUCACUGUGUUCUCUGUUACAAAUGGGCUCUGUAUCGCUCAAAAUAGGAGACGGCACAGCAAGAUUCAAGAAGAGGGCUUCCAUUUGCUCCUCAGCGGUAAAUGUUCUUAUGAUCUGCUCGGUACUCACCACAAAUCUCUUUGCUUUUUACGCUUUCACACACGCCCCCAACACCCAUCAAACCCAUCUCCUACUUCACCAGACCCACAAGAACAUCUCCCUCAUCUCCGACCAAGUCUCCUUGAUCCUCAGGGAGAUCGAUUCCUCUCAGAAGAAGCUUGCCCAGGUGCAGAAACAGCUCCUAGGGCAAAGAUUCAAGAACUGGGAUCACUGAAAUGGUGGCUUCCGUCGGCCAUUCUUGUGAAAAAUCUGUGGAUUUGCUGUCACACUU